UAGCCUGGAAAUUCAAGGGUCAGUUGGUCUAUGGGGUAGGCGGUUUACAAACUAGCGCGCCACGAGAACAAAUCAAGACAAAGCCAUCGAGAAUCUUGUAACAAAACUUACGUUGCUUUGUUCUACCAGUACGAGACUCCAUUGUACGAUGAUUCGAGGAGCCGGACGCCAUUUUGUAAGUCGUAAAAUGAGUAGAACGGCGCGGAUGUACUAGCUCUGCCUAGGGAGAAAAUCAAGACGGGGAAAACUGGGGUUAGUCUAGUCGUGGGAUGAUCCUGGGCAGAGUGUGCCGGCCAGAUGGAGCUGGAAUUAAGGCGCUUUACCGAAAAAUGUUGAGCUGCAUGGUCAUGGAAAGUCUCAGAAUUGUGCGAAGUCGUCUAUCUGGGGGGGGGCGGCGAUAUGAUGAUCGCGUUCUCGUGAUGCUGGGGAUUGUGUACGAAUCAAUUCUCUUGUCCCUCUUUUACUCCAGCGUCCGUCUACGGUUGGCUCUCCAAUGUUUAAUGCUCGAUGCUCAAUGCACGAAUAGCUGCGUUGUAAUGUCUUGGGAAUCCGGCCCUAGCAACCAACAAGGAAAGGGAAUGGUGAGCGGUAUUGGCAAAAUUGGACGUCCACAUAGACACGCUCAUUCGGACUCACGUGUGACUUCGGGCUUUUUCUUCAGAAGUUCGGGGGGGUGCGUUACGGAAGCGCUGGGAAAGAAAAGUGCGGUAGAUCCCGGGGCUUUGUAGGAGUCAAGGUUGCGGGUAGGUGAGACGAAUUCGUCGCAUAGGCCGACGUCUUUCGGA